AUGGGCGAGAUGGGCGAGAAGGGCAAGGCGAGCAAGCUGGACAAGCUGUUGUGCAAGAACACGAGCCUCAUAGGUCAGUGCUCCGAGAGGCUGUUCGCUAGCAUGGAGGCUUGGCGGCAAGGAGGCGAUCGGAGGGACCCAUGGUGCGUCCUCGACAUGAUGGGCAUCCCAGUUCAGAGUGCUGCCGUGAUGCGUUUCGCUCGCAACCAGACUUUGAGAUUGGCUGGCGGUGUGUUCAGGCGUUACGAAACGAAGUAUUCGUCCAAGCCUUACGACAUGCACGUUCUAUCGCUUAGUACUACCACUGCAGAGCAGAAAGCGCCUUGCAUCGAGCACCUACUGGCUGCCGACGACGACGAGCUGGACCUGUACAGCCGCGGAAUCCGCAAACUGUUUACUAAGGAGGAGUUGGGGUCGAAGGAGUGCGAGCCCCUUCUCAGGUCAGAUUUCAUGACGCACGCUUUCAGCACUGACGUGAUUGAGAGGCUGAACUCUGAGAUCACCCAUGGCGUGCCUAAGCGAGCUCCAGCGACCAAUUUCACUCAAGCGAUCGAGCGCCCACUGUUGCUGUGCGACCCCCCUGACGCAGUGGAGUGCGUCAUGGCACAAGCCGCCACCGACUCGGCCCUUGUCCAUCCCGAGCUGGCGGGUUCAUCGGCUGCGGCGGCGCUGCCAGCUGGCCCAGGCGCCGCGGCGCAGGUGUCCGAGGAUGGCGUCGCUGUCGUUCCUGUCGGGGACCAAGGCGGACCAAUCUUCCCACCUUGUCGAACGGUAUCGGGGUGCAUCGACGUCCUUCCGCACGAGAACCCAAGUACUAAUAGUACUGGCAGGUUUGCACCUGGCCUCAACCCUUACUUGUUGGAGAAGAACCAGUGGCUGCGUGCUGUGAGGGCGCUGAGAGACUCUCCGAUGACCGAUGAGGAGGUGAAACAGGUGACGGAGGAAUUCCAUGUCUUCUGGGAGAACGUCGCCGACAAAGAUUGCCACAACGAGGCGUACGACGAGUGGGUGCGAGAGAAGCAACAACAUCAUGAACGAGAGCGCCCCUACAAGUACGUGCAGCAGUGGGGGGGCGGGAGCUUCGUCUCGCCAAUCAGCAGCGACGAGUUCUGCAAGCACAUCAAGGGUUCUAAAGGUUGGCCAAGCGAUGCCGACGUCACCGACGCCAACCACGAGGAGGGCCUCGCCAAGGCAAACUACUUCGUGGAUUUCGGGCCUUCGAAGAGCACGAAUCUGUGGAGCCUCGGAGCUCGACCCCACAACGUGAACCCGAUGAAGGUCGCGGGGGGGAGGUUGAAGUUCACGCUGGUCGAGAAGGGCAUCAGCAACGUCAUUGCCAGGCUGAACAGGACCAAGGUGGAGUCUGGCGACGUUAUGUUGAUAGUGGAGGGCCCGGGGCGGGCAUCAAGGAUAAGUGAUAAGUUCAAAGUCGUGAACGCGCAGACGUCCGAUGAGUUUGUCCGCGAGUGCUGUGAGUUGUUCUCGGCGAUGGAGCUUUGCGAGGUGGAGUGGGGCCCCAUCGACGUGGACGGUACUCUUCUGUGGGUGGAGGUGAAGUCCGCGACCGCUCUCGGCACCUUGUGGAAGGAAGGCUUGCGCGUCCCACUGGGCAGCGCGGCCGCUAAGCGAAAGGACACCAGCGCCUCGACCUUCAAGAAAAUGAAGACGGACGACCCCCUGAACCCAUCCAGCGACACGGCGAAGACGUCGUCAUCGUGCGCCGCAUCGACCAAGGCUGCCAAUGGGAAAGUCGAUCCGACAAGUGCAUGCGGCCCGAUCGCAGCAGCAGUUACAGGAGGACCCGAAGGAGCAUUGGGCAGCGAUGCGGCCGUGGCUGCGUCGCUCGGCGCGGCAGGGGCCGCCGACGCAGGUGCCGACGAAGGCUUUCAGCUGGGUGCUUUGGACGGGGAGUUCGCGGUCGCUCUCGACGAGAUGGACGUGGCGGACCAGGAGGACGCAGAGAUCCAUGGCGGCGAUGACGACAUGACAGAGCUGCUCGACACCUGGGGCGGCAACCAAGAAGACCACCAUGACGAACGUCCAGACGAUGGCGAGAUCGACCUCGACGACCCCAUCCUGCUCAUGUCGGGGCGCUUGCCAAGAUGUAUGAGGACGCAGCUGGCGGCGCUGAUGUCCCCAGUGGCGGCGCCGACGCUGGAGUUGAAGAUGGGCCUCUUGCCGAAGAUGUUGCUGAGCCUCCGCAGCCUUGGGAACAACUUGGGGAGCCAAGAGCUGUUCAAGUGGCUCUUCGAGGGCGACCCCAACAAUGACGGCGACUCCAAGGACCAGAGGCGCGAGAAGGCGCGCAUCCACAUGGAUUCGGCCAAGAGCAGCUGCACGAAGCACGCAGCUGUCCUGCGCUGCGAGACUGCCUCUUGCACCAGCUAUCGCAUUGUCUUGAUGGCGGCGGCAAUCACGACGAAGGAAGAGCACGAGCAGCUGGAACGGGAGUUGUUCGAAGACGGCUCGUGCGAGGGCAGCCAACAGGCCGCCAGCAAACCCAAUGGCGAAGGCCCGAGUUCUUUUCAAGUCGGCCUGUUCGAGCCAGACCCUGCGCGUUGCGCCAAGUGUUUCGAUGACUUCGCUGGGCAGAGUGGGCUCCCCCGGUCGCCUGGCGGACAUGGUGUUCACCCUUCUUCCACAGACCACAGCACGUGCCAGCAAUGCCUGGACUUGAAGGAGUUGGUGUCUGAGAAGCUGGACGGACCACCCGGCACGGUGGAGUUCCCCAACGACAGCGACGCCAAUCAAUGGCCAUUUUUAAUACACUGCUACAGGGUGCUUCGCCAUGGGUCGGCCGACGGCACGGUGACAUUGCACGAGUUGGCCAUCGAGUGGGCUGAGAUUGCGAGCAAACGGUACCAAGAGGCUGGCGAGAUCCAAGUUUCUGCUUUACCAGAGGGCGGUGAGAGCUGCACGCGCACAGACAAUCCAGCAUCGGAGUCAGGAGGAGCGAGAGACAAGCCUGUAGAUGGCAGCGGCUCUGGCACAGCUGGCGAGAUCAAGCAUGAGGAGGAUGCACUUGCACAACCUCAGCGUGUCAAGCAGGAGUUCGGGUUCCGCCGAAGCGGCUUGUCGGUGGCGGCGCCUGCCGUGGCUUCAGCGGCUUGUGAGACUGGUGCGAGUGAAGGCACGUGUGCGGCCGUCGGCAUUGACGUGGACUCCGAGGACGACGGCGACUCAGACUCAUUGAACAAGUUUUCCUUGACUGAGCGCUUGCCCAAGGGCCAAGUGUACAUCAGCUUCGGGAGGAUUCGUGGGACAAUCAACCAGUACGUUGAGGCUCUGUCGCACCUGGGCUGGCUACCAGACUGCAGGAUACAGACCGUACAAGCACUCGAGCGCCGUUUGAACCAGCACAGCAGUGAGAUCUCCCAGCAAGCGAACGUUGACAUAAAGACUUCAUUCAAACAGCUUUCGAUGCGCGUGGAGACAACGAUCAUCCUGUUCAAGCUCUUCAAGACGUGGCACGACGAGAACAACGAUGCGUCCUUGGUCCAUGUGCUUGAUGCAGUUUGCAAGUUGAAACCGUUCCUUCGUUUCCAGAAGAAGUCUGUGGGUGCCGACUUGGAGAUGAUCCUUAUCUACGCGCAGUUCUACAAGGAUUUGGCCAACGGCAUGGGCAUUGACGAGGCAAUCAAUUCGCUGAACUUCGACCGUCUCACUGAGUGUCACAAGAUCGUAACCGAGAAUGCUGGCAAAUUGACGGGGGCGAUGACCAAGACCACCGACGGCGCGAAGGUCAAGGAUAAGGACGCCGCCGAUGGCACAGCAGAGGGCGAAGCAUCACCUUCGAAGAGGCGCAUGCAGUUCACCAUGCCGAAAGACGUGAUCGCCAAGCGUGUAUUGGUCCAUCCCGUCGAGCAGUUCGAGAAGCUGGUGGGCGAUUCCAUGGCGAAGUACAUCUUCACCUUGAGCCCCGACAUCGUGAAUGACCAGAAGGCGGUGCAGCAUUGCCAUGAGCUCAUGGAAAGAACGCGCCAGGCGUGGCUUACCAAACACAACGGCUGCCUCAGCAAUAAGGUGGGCCAGCUUCUCGACGCGUUCGCGACGAUCGCGCUGUGCGCGAAGUCGGACGAGAGUGAGAGGCCCAGCGUCGACAGUGCGAGGUGGGCCACGAAGGUCGGCAUCGAGGAUGAGGCUGCGAGCAGCGGGUUCGAGUUCAGCGUCGGCCGCUUCGAGGACUUGCUCGAUCCAGCCUUCGAGAACGCAACCUCUUGGCUGAAGGCGGGGAAUGGCGGCAAGCCGAUGACCUGCGAUGCGUUCGGGAAGUAUUUCGAGGCGUGCAUGGUGAUGAGAGUUGCUUGCACUCAGGCCCUCCAGCGCUGGUCCACGAGCGCCUUGGAGCAGCACGCCGAGACUCUGGCGAGCGCUGGGCACGCGAAUACUGUAUCAAACAUGUACGUCCUGUUGCACGCAGGGAACUUCGUCUACAUAGAUACCGUCAGAGGUUGGAUCGGCCAUCUCCUGGAGCAAGCUUCACAGGCGGGCAUGGCAGAUUCGUGCGCUGCCGCAGGCGGCGACAGUUCAGGCCCCAUCCAGACAGAGGUCGUCAAAGCCGAGUGCGAGUCGACCCAGCCUGGCGGCGACGGCAAUGUGCAGCCGACAAUGCCGUUCUCGUCGCCAGUCCGCCUCUUCGCUCACAUCCGUGAGAUCGACGCCACUGUGAAAGCGAUGCGCCCGCGCUUGAGAGCCUUCGUUGAGCUGAUGCUGAAGUCUGUGCUGGGCGCCCAGAAGCUGUGCAAGCUCGCGGCCACCAGAGUGGGCGGCUCUUGGCACGAUCACUUCGACAAGGACGCGUCGGGCGACACUGUCCUGAGACAUUUCAACCACAACGUUGCGGUCAUCGACAAGAUUAUCAUAUACCUUGAGAGCCUUCACUUGCUUGCCGACCCAGACUGGUGGCUCGACGGCGAGUCACUUUCAAAGAGCAGCACCAAGCCCGACGAGCAGACCCUCUGCAACUUCAGCAGGGUCCACCACGAGCACACCUCAGUCACGCCCUUCACCGUGCUGACCUCAUCCACCCUCGAUCUCCCCGAGGUCGGAGAUGACAUCGCAGCGUUGUUCGCGGCGUUUGCUGAGCAUGUCGGCCAGCGCACGUACGACUUCAAGGCUACAGCGUUCUUGGUAGAUAAGAGUUCUACGAUUUCUGACGUGGAGGUGCUCCUGGGGAGCGUUCACGCCGACGUCUUAAAGGAGUGCGACGACUCGGCCCUGUAUCCUCACUUGUUGCCUAAGGGCGAUGCCGACAAUGUUGCGAAGCUUGCGCCCAUUGAUGUUUCUGGAAGCAAAGGGGAUCCCAAGGUGUUGGAGCUUCUCCCUCAUAACCGAGCUCUCGAGCACCUGCGAUGCUUCAUCAGAGCAGUCAUGCUGACGGAGAUCGACGUCCCUGGCAUGUUCUACUCAACUGUGGAUGCACCGGAGCCCAGCAUCGACCUGUGCAUGUUCGCUAUGGAGCUCAAGUGCGCUGUCGCCGACGUGGUCGCAGUCAUUUCCUCAGCCGAGGUGGCUAUAGGCAGGAAGGCUCGCUCCAAGGAUAAGCAGUUCAUGAGUCAAGGGUACCUCUGCGGGACGGCCACCUUCAUAUUGCAGAUCCUCCACGGUGCGCGACAGAAGCUGGACAGCAUGGCCAACGACCCCAGGGCCAUGGAGUUCGAGAAGACAGGCUGGCAGCUCCGCGAGUCGAUCCACACCAUGCGUCACUGGUGCUUGUUGGCGGCAAGAGUCAGCGGGCGUUACGAGAGCAUGCUCUUGCUGGGCAUGGCCGAGGUCUUGACCAACGAGGGACAGGCGACGGCAAAGGUCACCCCUACUUGGACAGCAUGUUUCGUCGACGACGUGUUCAACGAGACGAUGGCAAUGGCGAUGCUCAAGAACAAGCUGGACGUCGUGAUCAACCGCCACAACUCACUCCACACCUGCAUCAAGGCCUUCUCCACGUCAGCAGCCGUGCUGUCCAUCAACCCCCGCGUGCAGGACCACCCGACGACGUCCGAGUCAGUGAACGUGGCACUCCAGUUGCUGAAGGACGCUGCGGAAGCAAGCGUGGUCAUCAGGGGCGUCGACCUGUUGACUGCGUAUCGUCAUCGCCCUGAGGGGCCGACGAAAGCGACGAAGUUCUUGACGGAGAACGAGUGUCGCUACCCCAAGGUACCGCAGUGCUUCUGGCAGUUGUUCAAGGACCUGCAGGCGCACGCACUUCCAGCCCAGCCUUUGCCAGCACAGGCUGGCGAGGCGUUGGCCCCUGGCGCAAGCGCGUCUGGGGGCGGAGCCCACCUCACGCCAGCCAAGAAAAGCUUAGCGGACGGGUCUGUUCACACUCCGACCCCAAAGAAGCCGCCUGCCCCGAGUUCAGCCGAUGGCAGUCAGCACGUGAAGGCCAAGGCCCCUAGCGUUUCAGAUCGCCCCGCCAAGGGUUUCAAGCGCGCCAAGCGCUCCUGA